AUGGCCGAUUCCACCACACCAUCCCGGGGCUUUGAAUUCACAUCCCACCCCUCCGUAUCGCAAUUCGCCGUGCCGUUCCAGACAUACGUCGCCAACCAGGCCGCGCUCGUGGAAGGCCUGAACUACGAAUACGUCGCCGUGGGUGCUCUUGUCUUCGCCCGCUUUCCCGCCGCAACUGAUACCCUCAACUCUACUCGCACUGAGCACGGCAAAAACGACGAACUCCGGGUCCUCCUCGUCCAGCGCGCCCCUCACGACUCUGCGCCACUUCGCUGGGAGGUCCCAGGCGGCGCGUCCGACCGCGAAGAUCCCACCAUCCUGCACUCCGUUGCCCGAGAGUUGUGGGAAGAGGCUGGGCUGGCCGCGAAAAGCAUCAGGUCGCUUGUUGGCCAAGGGCACGUCUUUCUCACGCGGGGUGGCAAGAGAGUGUGUAAAUUCGAGUUCCUCGUCGAAGUCGAGGGAGAUGGAUCCGAGGCGUCAAAGAUAAAGCUGGAUCCGAAUGAGCAUGUGAACUCAGUGUGGGCGACCGAGGAGGAGUGUCGGGAUGGCAGGAUGAAAAGGGAGAAUAUAGAAUUGGCAUUUACGACUUGGCAGCAGAAGCAGACUCUGUUAGAAGGGUUUAGGUUGCAAAAGGAAUUGAAUGGGAUGAGCUUCACUGGGUAG